AUGCAUCUCUUUUGCGUUGCUGGCAGUCUUGCAGGUCUGCUAUCUGCAAUUCAUGCUUCUCCGUCGAAACAAUCCGAUCACAUUCGGUUUCAUCUUCCAAAAAGAGCAGUCAAGCUUGACUCCCUGCACAAUAUCCAUAUUGAGUAUCUCACCUCGGACUUUCAGGGUGAUCUUCAAAUGCACUAUGGAGAUUGUAAAUCUACCGAUGUUGAUAGCAUUGCCAAUUUCGUCGGACGCACAGAAAUUCGCCCUGAGUCACGACCUGAGCGUUUCGUUUGGAUUGUUCCUGCAAAUGCUAUGGAUGGUGGGUGUCUUCAUGCAAUUUCUGGCCGGGAAUUAGUGGGGAAAUCGGACCCAAUCACCAUACAGAAAGCUUCCUUCAAAAAACGUGAAUCAAUAGCGAAUGUAGCUGAUACUUCUGGCCCUUGGUCUGUAAAUCAUUCCACAGCUGAAUCUGAGCCUCUUUCUGAUCUCUCACAGGUUUGAGGGGGUUGCUUACAUGAAAUCAAAAACCAACGAUGACGCAUUUGUUGCGGCGGAAAAAAACAAGAGUAAGUCUUCUACUAUUAAGUCAACCUCAAGUUGGAGCUGAGAUCUUCCUGCAGCAAUUGCAAUUAUCGGCGGUGGGAUGGCUGGUUUAAUGACUAGUCUUCUUUUGCAAUCCGUGGGAAUUGAGAACUGGGAAAUCAUGGAGUCAAGCCAACGUGUCGGAGGGUAAGCUUACUUUUCCACUUGGUCUUGAUGAAAUGGAUUGCUGAUGUCUUCAGACGCAUCCGCACAAAAUAUCUUAAUGGUACUAAACCGGCGGAUUACCAAUAUCAGGAGAUGGGACCAAUGAGAUGUGCGUAAUUUUCAGGAAGCCAAAAUGGUGCGUUACUAAUUGUUUAAAAGUCCCUGUCAGCGUCACUUACCCGGAAACAAAUGAUACAUUAGAGAUUCGAGACCAUCAAAUGGUCUUUCAACUAGGCGAGAAGCUUAAUGAGUUGAAUGGAAACGACUCUGAGCUAGCUGUAAACUUUAUUCCCUGGCUGCAACACUCAAAAAAGUACUUAAAGUCUCACUUUCCAGGAAUCUUUGGGCUAACAGAGAGUUCAGCCUUCCAACAGAUUCGCAUGGUGGCCGUCUCCCAGAUGGAACCAUUCCAAGUUCAGAGCAAAUCGCAGCUAACUCCACCUUACGAGGUAAAUCACAAACUUCAGCAAACGCAACUGAAGAAGCAAUUGCUUCCGCUUCCCUGAAAGGAUUUCGAGGCAUGGAUGUAGAGUAUUUGAGAGCAAUGGGUUUGAACAUAUAUAAAGCACACAAAAAGGCGGAAGAGAAGGGCUUAUUUGAUUUCUCAAUGGCCGGUUAUCUCCGCUAUGUGCAACAGUAAGUCCCUCUUAGGCCUUUAUGGACAUAUCUGAUCUUAACCAAGUAUCUCUCUCAAUGUCACAGACUUCUUGUCAAAUGCUGAUCCAACACACCUGUGGGAUUAUGACACUCUCUACUUUUCUGCGUGAGUAAUAUCACUUAAAUUUAAUGCAAUAUUCUAACAUGUAACAGUACUACGUGGAAAACUAUUGACAAGGGUCUCGAGUCACUCCCAAAGGCUUUUAUGCCCCUUAUCCAAAACAGAACAACAUUCGGACGGUUUGUUUCCGGCCUUGAGUUCAAAAAAGAUUCACGGAAAAUUGCCGUUAAUUGGCGAGAUGCGAACCAUGAAUUGGAUAUGAUACCAGAGAGCAAAGACUUCGAUUACGCCAUAGUUGCAGCCCCGUUCUCCAAAGUCAGAACCUGGAAGUUGCCUCGUAAGUUCAGUGCAUCCUAAAAGUUUUGACAAAACUAAUUGUUAUCAGCAUACUCUUCGCUUCUGUCUCGUGCGAUCUCAAGAAUGAAGUAUCAGUCGUCAUGCAAAAUAGCACUGCAUUACAAGACUCGCUUCUGGGAGCACCUCGCCAAUCCUAUUUUCGGUGGUUGUGGUUCAACAGACAUCGCUGGACAAGGUUCAGUCUGUUAUCCAUCUUACAAAAUCAACUCAACCGGCCCAGGCGUGAUACUGGGCUCAUAUGCCUCAGGAACAAUCUGCGAUUCUGUUGAAACUCUCAGCACUACUAACCACGUCGCCUUAAUCCAAAGAGCUAUGGUCGAAAUUCACGGUCCAAUCGCCGCCGAACAAUGGACCGGGAAUUUCGAGCGCCAACUCUGGGGUAAAGACGAGCAUCAAGCUGGGGCUUGGGCCAGUCCAAUUGUUGGCCAGCAAGACCUGUAUUUACCAGCAUAUUAUCAGACAGAAUUCAACACUAUAUUCAUUGGGGAGCACACAAGUUAUACUCACGCCUGGGUCUUUUCUGCUUUGGAUAGUGCCGUUCGAGGUACUACACAGCUCUUGCUAGACAUUGGGUUGGUCGAUGAAGCGAAGGAGGUUGUGGAGACUUGGAUGGGGAGAUGGAUUACUUUAUGA